AUGGAAAACGGCCUCAGCAAUGUGGCUGUUGAUGCCGUUUCCCUACAAGGGCUUUGCGCACAGCAUCAGGCCCAGGAUAACCAUAGGAAUCCGAAGGAUGCACCCUUGGUGGACCUUGCGGUGCUUGAGACUGGUAUUGUACGCGUUCGGGGGAAAUAUGGAUUCAUUCCAUUAGGUAGCGAUGAUCCGAUUAUCUUACAACAACAGGCAGAAGACCUUGACUCGAAGAAAGUUCUUUGCUAUCAGCGCCUAGACUCAGAAUACCAGGAGCAUAAAAUCAGUUUGGGAUAUAGGAUGCACGAGGGGUUACCCGACUGGUAUGGUGGCCAUAUCCAAAACUGUCUCAGGCGCCUAGAGCAACUUGCAUAA